AUGGGCAGCCUGCUCGACAUGGACGUCGACUACGACCGACCACAGUCGCCCUCUGCGGGCGGCUCAUCCGCGGCCUAUGACGCUGCCGCCCCGAGCGGGUCGGGAGCGCAAAACCUGCCCCAAGUCCGCGCGAGGAUCACUGUUGUGUGCGCUGAAUGCAAGCGGCUCAAGCUGAAAUGCGACCGGAAAAUGCCCUGCGGAAGCUGCGUUAAGCGAGAGGCGACAUCGAAAUGCCAGUACUCUGCCGCUGCAGCAGAGAAAGUUGAUCUGCAGUCGCUCAACAAUCGACUGGUGCAGCUGGAGCAAUAUAUUGCCAUGUCCUCUGGGGGCCAGUUUUCCUCGACAUAUCCCCUCGCCCAAGUCACAGGUGGGGCCAGCUACGCUCCCCACUCCUGCUCUCAUGGGCCUACCCCAACCUCCGCCUCUUUCCCUUUCCCCGCACUGUCGCAACUCCUUCAAGCGAGUGUGGACCCUGUCAUCCUUACCUUGCCUACUCGCCCACUAUGGACCGACUGGACAUGGCCUACCGACAUCGCCAAUGCGGUUCAAUUGCCCCCAGUAGCACACUCGUCCGAUGGUGCCCAAGAGGUUUCCACCUCGACUACCGACCCCUUUUCUUGCCAUCGUAGCGAUAUGACUGGUACCACUUCUUCCGCCGUCACCUUCAUCAAGCAAGGCGAUAUCGGAACCGGCAAGCUGCGCGCACCCGCCAACCUCGUCGACGCGCUGCCAGUCUCCGACCUCCUCGAAGCCCUCCCCGCCAUCUUCACCACUAUGCGAUCUUACCUCCCUGGCUUCUUCCACUGCGAGUACGGCCACGCCCGCGUCGUCGAGAAUCUCGCGCGGACGGACGACAAGCGCACCGCGGCGAAGCAGAAAGCGAAGGCGCAGCAGAUCUUCUUUGGCAACAAUCCUGGCCGGCCUGUCACCAAGCCGCCUGGCUUUGCACCGAACGACCCGCUGUUCAGCUCGUUUAGCGCGAACGGGGCGGAUGCGUCGCCGAAGAAGAAGGCGGGGCAGGACGAUGAGUGGUCAUUGUCUUUCUACGCGGCUGCGUGCGCUUUGAUGGCGUUGUCGCCAAAUCCUGGCGUGGACGGGCUUGACGCCGACUAUUGGUACGCGCAGAGCGACCAGGCGUGCCAUGCUUGGGAGCAAUACUGCGGGACACCUUCGACGAAGGAAGGCAGUAACUAUGUUACGUCUCUUCUGGCCCAGCUAUCAUACUGCUUGACUCGCGCCGACGCGGCUGGCGCUUCGGAAGUGAUCCACAAGGCAGCCAUGUUUUUCCGCACGCAUCACUUGACUGUCGGUGCGAAGGACGAGGUAGCGACGAAGAACACGAAGGAUGUAAGAGAGAAGUGGAUGAACGAUGUCUGGCUCGACAUUAUCUUUUGGGAUGCCUUCGUUUCGGAUAAGAUGGGACAGCCGCCGCUCAUCUCUGAGGGUUGUGUACCGGCCAUGGAGAAUCGCGAGUCCGAGUCGCCGGACUUUCUUGUGCAGCGCUUCCGACUUGCAUCCAUCGUCCGUCUGACCAAGACUAGAUACUGGACGCUGGACGCCCUCGAGGCCGAACUUGCCCAGUUUGUAACGUCCGUCGCGGAGGUAUCCUUGGACUCCUUCCUACCGUCUACCUCAAGCAACGCAGCAAAGAAGAAGAGGGCCCGCAAUUUGCCUGACAUACUGGGCGAUCCCGACAAACGCGAGGAAGAGCUUCACAUCCAGAAGAUGGAUCUCGUCCUCGCCGCCUGGCAGACGCUGCUUGCCGCGUACGUUCCGACGCUGCAGCACGACCAUCGCAUGGCGAAUCCGAAGUGGGGCGGCAUGGUGCACGCUGCACACCGUGUUGUAAAGGCUGCGACCGAGCUCCUGUCGUAUAUGCUCUCGGGCCCCAGCUCGUCGACCAAGCACUGCGUGCCCAUUGCUGUUGGCGCCGGGUCCGCGACCUCAUGCAGCUUCGCUCCACUCGCCGCCAUGUACCCUUUGCAACACACGCUCUUCUCGGCUGCUUUGGUUUGCGGCUACGGCGCGUUGAAGCAGCCCAACACCGUGUGGGCGUCAGGCGCAAGCGAGGGCGUCCGCGAUGCCCAUGGGGCCUUCUCGUCGCCCGUCAUACUGAAGCUUGGGGAUGCGAUUGGGGAGUCUUUAGGCCAGCGGGAGGCGCUGCAGAUCCUGGAUGUCAUUCUCUCCAAGCUGCACGCCUCGUCUUCGGGCAGUCGAAAGCGCAAGCACGACGAGUACAUGGGCGCUGCGGCGGAUGAUGCUCAACCGCUGGCGAGUGGAAACGAUGCAUCGGCGGAAGACGGCGCUCAGCAGUCCGCGGCACCUCUGUCGGAGCGCCUGGCGCGGAUGGGCGAGGCGGCAAAGGAGAAGAACGGCGAGCGGCCGGAAAAGAAGAAGAAGCGGGUACUGUAUCCCAUCAUCGGGAUCCGCGUGCGCGCUGGGAGUGCGAGCAGGUCGACGGAUGCGUCGGAGGUGACUGCAAGUCAGUCGGCGCCUACCUAUGCUAUGGAUCUGCCUGCAGAGGCCACACCUUCGGUUGCUCAGCAGGCGUCGGCAUCUUCCUCUCAGCAAGCGCCGUCGCUCGAGAGCCUCGCACACGCAUUCGAGGAGCUGCCUCAGAAUCCGACUGCGUCGCCCGUCAUGCCCGCCUACUUUGGCGAGCGACCGGUGUCGUCGUCGUCACUGCAGUUUGACGCGCGCGCCAUCGUCGACCCUUCGCAGUUCGAUCCGUACGACCAGCAGCAGCAGAGGAUGGCCAGAGGCAGCACGAUGCCUUCGCCGUACGUCGAUAACAUGUCGGGCACAUCGCAAAAUGUGGGCGUUCCCCAUUCAAACGCCUUCGGAGAUGCGUCUCAAGGGCAGCGCUCACGACGUCCUUCCGUUUCGUCGACAUACAACGCUGGCUCGUACGACGCCCAAUCGCGUGCGCCGUAUGAGGUGGGUCACCGGUCGUCGUCGUAUGAGACCUCGCGUGCUUCGUACGAGCCCUCCUUCGGCUCACUCGUCGGAUCGACGUCCGCAGUAACUUCGCCUUACGCGUCGACGGGCAGCAGUGGCAGUGUUGAUGGCAAUUCAGGCUCUGGGUCGUCGAGUAGCGCCACGCAGAUGCCUCCGCUCCAGGUCCCCGCACUUCCCUCGCCGUAUGGUCAACCCCUUCCACCUGUACCGCCGCCGCAACAACCGCAGCAGUACUAUGACGCUCUGCCGGCGCCCUCGGCCUAUCAGUCCCAGCAACAGGCACAGCAGCCACAAACCCAGCAGUCGCAGCAAGCGCUCCAGCAGACUUACGCGCCGGCGACAUUCGACCCUGCGCCGUAUUACCAAGGCCAAUCGGCGUCGUAUCAAGGCAGUCAAGCGAGCGGAUCGUAUAACGGAGCUCAGGCGAGUGGGUCGGGUGGCUACGACGUGAAGCCGACGACGGCAAUGUUGGAUGCGCAGGCAAGGUCGGAGGGGUACGCCUCGCAGCCGCGAGCGGAAGCGUACGGCUCGCAGUCGCGACAGGAUGCGUACAGCGCGGCUCGCUAUGAUGGGCCUCAGACGGACUCCAGCUCUGUGUACGGCGAUCGCGGUUCUGCGUAUGAUGACCGUGGAUGGCUGCCCCCUCCCCGAACUGCCCACCAACAACAGUCGCAUCAACAACCUCAGCAUCGUCCGCCCCCACCCUCGCAUCACCAGCCACCACAGCAUCCACAGCCUCCGGAUCAGUACUGGAAUGGCGGGUACUCAUAUAACGGGUAG